AUGAAAGAUAGAAAUCACAAACUAUCUAGGAAAUUAGUUAAUAGAAAUGAUUUAGUGGUUUUUGAAAAGUUAGAAAGCAGUAAAAUGGCAAGCAAAGAAAACAAAAAAGUAGUGAAGGAAACUGAUUUAGGAAAUAAAGAAGUGUUUGAAUGUCCCAACUGUGAUAAUGUGCUAGAUAGAGAUGUAAAUGCUAGCAAGAAUAUCCUUUUUAAAGGAUUAAAAAAACUGGGGGUAGUUCAUCAAGAUGGAAGAAGACCUAAUGAAGUAAUAACCAAAACAGUUUCAAUCGAAGAAGAUGCCAAAAGAAGAGAUUUUACCAUUAAUGCUCUUUAUUAUGACCCGAUAGGAGUUUGUCGGUGUUUAACCAUACCUGAAAAUGUUAGACUAGACCAUGAAUGUGGAAUAGCAGUCGGCAAUCCUUAUGAAAGAUUUAAGGAGGACAAGUUAAGAAUGAUUAGAGCAUUGAAUAAAUUAGGAUUGUUAUCUCGAUUCUUACCAGAAUUGUCAAACCAAAAUGGAAUCCAGUUAGAAAGUGCUGAAGAGGUAAUAGAAGUAUUGCCUCAAAAUACUCCUACUCUAAUAAAAAUAAUGGCAAUGUUAGGAACUUUUGAAAAAGAUAAAGUUUUAGAAAUAACCCAGAGGUUUGCGAUUGAUCCAUCAGGAACAGGAACCACUGGAAUAUUUUUGGUGAUUGUCGAAAAUGGGGUUGUUGUAUCUUAUGAAUUUAAAGAUAAACCAACUAUAAUUCUUUAUGAAAAUACCACUUAUGUUUAUGGUCGGCAACAGCAAGGAACAGUUGGUUUGUGCAAGUUAAUUGGAAGCAUUUAUGGAAUGAAAAAUACUUUUAGUUUUGUAGAACAAAUAGGAGACAUUCCGGUUAGCAAUGUCAAAAGUUUCCGAGAUAAAAUUCAAACUGGAACUGAAGACAUUGAUGGUUUACUUUUCCAAGAGGGUAGAGGUUAUGGUUGA